AUACCAUGCCUUUUUGGACCUCAUGAGUCAAAAUCCGGCCUUGUUCCUGGUACCCACCUUGGAUCUUGCAUGGCACACACACCAAUUAAAGGGUGAUCAAUACAGACUUGACACUCAAACCUACCUCCAGCGCACUCCCAAUCAUGAUGAUAACGUAGAGGCGACUUCACUCUCGAUUGCAUAUGACAUCACAGCCAAAGCGUGGAAGGACCGACUAUCGAUCUUUGACCAUAAGCGUGAAAAGUCAGAUAACAGUAUCGAGGACACCUUAGUUAAUACGCGUCCCGAUUUGGUCACAACUGAAGAUCAUGAGGCCGACACAUCUCACCCCUCCGAGCACAAUGUGUACUUUGGUGACAGGGACCAGUGGAGAGCUCUGCAAGCCGAAAGAGCGGAAAAGACUCAGCUCGCAUUGUUGGAUGACAAUGAUGGAAAUAAGAGGCAUAAAGAGGCAUUCACAGAUACUCGCCAUGGGUAUGAUCAUUAUUACGCCUAUUGGGGAGUGUCUGCUGCUAUUCCGCUCGGCUUGCCCACCGUGCGACUUGUGAACACUGGAGCCUAUGCUAAGUUUGGCAAUCUCUUUUUUGGGGAAAUUCGAUAG